AGCUGUAGCUGGUCGAUCGAUCGGUGGGCAUGGACGAAUUCUUCUACCAGUCGCUGCUGCUGUCCGUGUUAGCCGUGACGGUGCUGCAGCUGCUGAAGCUGCUCCUGGUGCAGCGCCCCCGCACGCCGCCGGGGCCGUGGAAGCUGCCGGUGGUCGGCAGCAUGCACCACCUGGUGAACGUGCUGCCGCACCGCAAGCUGCGCGACCUCGCCGCCGUGCACGGCCCGCUGAUGAUGCUGCAGCUCGGGGACACGCCGCUGGUGGUGGCCUCCUCCAGGGAGAUGGCGCGCGAGGUGCUCAAGACGCACGACACCAACUUCGCCACGCGCCCCAAGCUGCUCGCCGGCGAGAUCGUCGGCUACGAGUGGGCCGACAUCCUCUUCUCCCCUUCCGGCGACUACUGGCGCAAGCUCCGGCAGCUCUGCGCCGCCGAGAUCCUCAGCCCCAAGCGCGUCCUCUCCUUCCGCCACAUCAGGGAAGACGAGGUGAUGAUGCGUGUGAACGAGAUCCGCGCGGCGGGGCCAAGCACGCCGGUGAACCUGAGCGUGAUGUUCCACAGCGUGACCAACAGCAUCGUCUCCCGGGCGGCGUUCGGGAAGAAGAGGAAGAACGCGCCGGAGUUCAUGGCGGCCAUCAAGUCCGGCGUCGGGCUGGCCAGCGGCUUCAACAUCCCGGACCUCUUCCCGAGGUGGACCCGCGUGCUGGCGACGCUCACCGGCAUGAAGCGCAGCCUGCAGGGCAUCUACACGACGGUGGACGCCAUCCUCGAGGAGAUCAUCGCCGAGAGGAAGGGCAUCCGCGACGACAAGAUCAGGAGCGGCACCGAGAACGUCGACGAGAACCUCGUGGAUGUGCUCAUCGGCCUGCAGGAGAAAGGUGGCAUUGGAUUCCACCUUGACAAUAGCAAAAUCAAGGCGAUCAUCCUGGACAUGUUUGCUGGUGGAACGGGGACAUCGGCAUCAGCGAUGGAAUGGGGGAUGUCGGAGCUCAUGCGUAAGCCCUCCGUGAUGAAGAAACUUCAGGCACAAAUCCGAGAAGCAUUCCAAGGAAAGGCAACCGUGACGGAGGCUGACCUUCAGGCAAGCAACCUUCGUUACCUGAAGAUGGUGAUCAAGGAGGCGCUCCGACUACACCCCCCUGCGCCUCUACUAGUGCCACGUGAGAGCAUCGACGUGUGCGAGAUCAAUGGAUAUACUAUUCCAGCCAAGUCACGUGUCAUUAUCAAUGCAUGGGCCAUAGGUCGUGACCUCAAGUACUGGGACGAUGCCGAUAAGUUUGUGCCAGAACGAUUUGAGGAUGGGACCAUCGACUUUAUGGGUAGCAACUAUGAGUUUGUCCCCUUUGGGUCUGGCCGAAGGAUGUGCCCUGGUUUCAACUACGGUCUUGCUAGUAUAGAGCUGGUGUUCACAAGUUUACUCUAUCACUUUGACUGGUCACUUCCAGAGGGUGUCAAUGAGGUGAAUAUGGAGGAGGCACCAGGUCUGGGUGUGCGCCGCCGCUCACCACUGAUGUUGUGUGCCACCCCAUUCAUCCCGAUCGUCCCUGCAAACUAGUACAGUUCGUUCAUCGCAACGAAAUUAUAGCUAUAGGUAAUAUAGCAAGUUCUACUAUAAGGAUUUGCGUUGCAUGAAUAAUUGUGCAUAUACGUCGUCGUAGGUGUAUUUACUAUUACUCACAUAUAUUUAUUCGUACUUGUAAUUCACUUGCGUACACUGUACGCUCAUUAUGAUCUAUAAACUUGU